UAUUUGCAAAGAGCCAUCUGUGGACAUAUUUGUUUAGCAAUAGCGAGUGUGGUGUUGGUUUGAAUUGUUUUCCAAAAAUAGCAAAUUAUAAAGUUUCAACGAAUUAGAAUUAAUACUUUUAGGAUAUUAGAAUGGAAGACGAAGAAUUAAAAGCGCUUAGAGCACAAAGAAUGGCAGAACUUCAAGAGCAAUAUGGUGUAACUCAAGGUGGAAAAAAUGAGAGAAAUUCUAACCAAGAACAAGAACAGAAAGCAAAAGAGGAAGAAAUGCGGAAUUACGUUCUCUCCCAGGUUCUUUCUCAAGAAGCACGUGCAAGACUGAGUACUUUAGCUGCUGCUAAACCUGAAAAAAGCAAGAUGGUAGAAAAUAUGUUAAUUAACAUGGCAAGGACAGGCCAGAUUCAAGGAAAGCUUGAUGAGAAUGAAUUCAAAAACCUGCUGGAGAAAGUUAGUGAACAUACAACAAAGAAAACAACUGUAAAGUUUGACAGAAGACGAGCAGCUCUUGAUGAUUCUGAUGAAGAUUUCUGAGAAGUGCUUAUCAACAUUGGUCAUUGUUUAAAUGAAACAUUAUUCAGAAGAAGAAUGUGUAAAUGUUAAGCCUGCAAAUUACAGUUACAUGUACAUGACUAUAAUGUUGAGACAUGGAAAUCAAGACUUUGCCAGGUUCAGAUUUACAUGCUCUGGUUAAAAUCUGAAAAUAAUACAAUGACUAAAAGAAGGAGAGAUGUUCACUGAAGUUUAAUCUUUUUUUUUUUUUUUUCAUAUAUUAUUUGAGUGCCAGACUAACUUUGCAUAAUAAUAUUGUUUUGCUAAGUUUCAGACUAACUAUAUAUAUGGGGAAUAAAAUGCAUUUUGAAACUUGGAUUUUUUUAAACUCCAUAGGAAGACUACAUAAAGAAAUUUCAGUAAUAAUUCAUAAGAUUUAAGAAUUAUAAAAAUUGGAAUGACAGUAUAAGUUAGGUUACCUUAUAAAUUCCAUCAUUAGAAAUGGAAAUAGCUUAAUACAAUAUAUUAUGUAUCUUGAAACUUUUUGAAUUGUGAUUAAAUCUUCCUUACCGAACCACAUAUUUUUAUGUGUUGUUUUUAAUAGUUAAUUCUUAAUUUUUGAAAGUACAUGAUUUAUUCAUUCUGUUGAAGAUCCCUUUAUAUUUAUUUUGUCAGUAAUACAGAGUUCAUGUAAAGGAGAUAAACUUGGCUUUUCCAUUUAACCAAAUACCUUGAAAAGGUGAAAGUGGGGUUGCAUUGUAUAUACAUAAAAAAAUAUUGGAUCUGAAAGCUAGAAAGGGAAAGAGGUGUACAAAAAAAAUCACUGAAACUCAACUUCUAAAUGUAGCUAAUUUCAGUUUCUAAAAGAGCGAAAGUUUGCUCAAACAUGAUGUUAUUUAUGUAUAAACUUGGUAUUGCUGAAUCAGACUUUUGGACUUAAAACAGCAAAUCAUGUAUAUAUUCAUCAAUUCAGUAAGUAAGUGAUGUGCACGUUAAGAAUGGCAUGGUCGUGUCAGUUGAACACAAAAAAAAUAUAAGUUUGAUAUAAUCCAAUUAGGUUUCAACAGUGAACUAAAGUACUGUAAAACAUUUAAAAAAAAAGAACUGUAGGUUAGAAGUAGCUAGAAAAGAUAAACAAAAACCUUGAGUAAAUCGUUGCAUUUUAGCAACUUUUGUAAGAUCAUGUGUUGUAUGUGAAUAAAUAAACCUACCGCAACAAGGAAAUAAAUAAGUAA